GUAAAUUCUAAAAUGGCCGACUUGUUCGGCGACUCCGAGCUAUUUGCUGAAUUUGACAAAGAGAGGGACACUCAGAAUUCUUUCAUUCAUUCUGUAGAACAGAAUGGCAAAGGAAGAAUUGUGUUUGCAUUAGAGGAAGAAUCAUGUUCCUCAGACAAUGAAAGUGACGAAGGGGAUACUCAAAAACUCUCAGAGGAAGAAAGCAAAACUGAAAGUCAAAGAAGUGACGAAGUAUCGGAAGGGACAUCACUUUCAGCGAAAGAUAUCUUGAGUCGGUGUGCAGAUGAAGGAGAAAGUGUUUCACAUAAUGACCAUUCAUCGGAAACAUCUUUUAAAAUACAACAUGAACGGGACAAAUAUCACAGAUAUGCAAAGAUUAUUGAUUCCACAAGGUCAGUUCCAGAUGAAGACAGCCCUGCAGUACAGGUCCUCUUCCAUAAUAAUUCCUUUUCCAGGAAAUACCGGCCACAGAUAGAGCAGUUCCUGGCUGGUUUGGUGGAGCAGGAAAUGUACAACUCUCGCCAUGGAGACAGGAUGCCAGAACUACCACUUCAGUCAAGCGUUCCUACCUGUGUUGAUCUCAACCCCAAACUUCCAGUAGAACUCCGAACCAACUCCAUGUGGAUGGCCCAUGCGAUCAUUGGCAAUGCUCAGUUUCACCAUCUAUUCCUGGUGGACACACGUGGAUGGCCGUUGGUCAACCUCAACCCCAGUCUGACCGAUGGGUGGGAAGUGCCUCGGUAUGAGCAGUUGUUCGAGGAGCCCCUGCCUGUGGAAGAAGAUGGGGACAAGCCACAGGGGAAGAAAGCAGGACGCCCCAAACCGAGCUGUUUCAACUGUGGUGGGGAACACAUGAUGUCUGAAUGUCAGGCGCCCAAAGACUACAACAGAAUUAAAGCCAAACGGAGAGAAUUCAUGGACAAGAACUCCCCCCUCUAUGGGUCCCAAGAAAAUGAGGUAUGUAUUUUGUCAUCGAACAAGGUUGUCCAAGAUCGAUUCUCCCAGUUCAAGCCAGGUGUGCUUAGCAAAGAGCUCCGUGAGGCUAUGGGCCUCGGUCCGCGCCAGCUACCGCUCCACAUCUACCGUAUGAGGAUGCUAGGAUAUCCCCCAGGUUGGCUCAAGGAGGCCGAGGUUGAUACCUCCGGCCUCAUUAUGUUCGACAAAGAUGGACGAGAGGUGAACCUGCGCGGCGAGACACUGGAGGACGGGGAGGUCGACCAGGAUGAGGAUGAGGAGACUCCUGAAGUGAAAAUUGACACAAAGAAAAUUAUCGAGUAUCCAGGAUUCACAGUGCCGGUGCCACAGAACAUGGUUGACGAAUGGGAGAAAUUAAACAUGCCCCCGCUGCAACCCCAUCAGCUGAAGAACACCCUGGAGCAGAUUGUGGAGACUACACACACAGAGAAGAAGCGAAAGUUGGAGGAGGAAGAGGUGGAGAAGGCGAAGAAGUUCAAAAUGGACAACCCUGAGGUGGAGAUGGACCUUAGCGAUGAGGAGGAAUCCAGGGAUGAUAGCAACAGGAAAGGUCACUUUAAUGGAGACUUUGUUCCUCCCCUACCCCUUGACACGCCCCCAGCCGACUCCCCACCCCCUGACAGUACCCCACCUGUCACCCCCAAUCUUCCCAUCCAGGCUAUCCCACAACUCCGCAGGGAUGACCCCUCCCUCCCAAUGACACCCCCUGUACCACCACCCCUGCCUGAUGGAACCCCACCCUCAACUCCCAGACAUAGCAGGUCCAGCAGCUUGAUGCGGGAGAACUCAUCACAGGGCAGCACGCCAAGGUCAGGGUCACCUUCUCUAGAAACUUUGGAGGAGCAGUACAAGGCACUGGUGAAGCAGCUCGGGGGUGAUGAGGGACCGGCAGCCAAUAUGGUCAUUGUGGAUAGCUGUUCAGGCGAUGACCCGGAAUCCAGUGCUACUGAGAUGUCCGAAGUUUGUGCUGAAGAUUCUCAAGAUGAGAAAGUAACCAUCAAUAGGACUUUAUCACGGACUAAUUCUGCCAUUUCAAUGGAAGGUGUGGACAGUCCGGGAUCUGUGAAGUCCCAGGAUUCAGAGAUUCUUAAAAUGAACUCUUCAUUUAAAGCGACAGAGUCAAUAUCUAGGGAAUACAGUACCCCAAUCGUUCAGCGUCCAAACAGUUUCAGUGCACUUCCAGAUGCUACAAAGUUCGGAGUUGGUGUUGAAGAUCAUAUACCUUUUGAAAACCUGCCCGACUCAACAGGCACCUUUGAAAAGAUGCGUGGUCUUUUGAAGCUGAUUCAGUAGCAAGGUGACCAUAGGGAAGAAGAAGAAGAGGUGAUUCUCACAAUGGAAUUUAAUCUGUAUCUUGUGCUGUAAUGUCACAAUGUAAGGCCAUAGUUUCAUAUUUUUUCGUUUACUGAUUUGACCUUCCAUAAGUGACAGUGAUCAGUAAACAAUAAAAUCCAAUAGGUGUGGUACUGACGCAAAGUGAUCAACUGUAUUCCAUCAUACUAAGGAAGAGAGGCCUAGAAGUCAAGUGAUUCAAGUGGUGUCACUUUCAUAAUGCUUGUUGUACAGAUUUUUAUAUUUUAUGCUCAUGAGGAGCUUCACCUGUGCUGUCUCUUUGAACUGCUACAAGAUUUCCUCGACGGAUCAUUUCAGUCCAUUCUCUUGCUACCACUUAUGUGUCCAAUAUCAUUUAUGUUGACUUUCAGGAACCGAGGCAGCAAACGUUGAACCUUUUUAAUCAGGAUUAGUCUCCAAGUCUUAACAUUUUAUGUGUUCAGUCAUCUGAUGGUUCUCAUGGAAUUUGAAACUGAUCAUGGUGAAAAUCUUCACUCCUGUUUAAAUGCUGACAUUUUAAGAAAUUAAGCCGUUAUUUGGUUGAAUAUAUUGUAUUGCUGGAACUGUAGGAGAUUGCAUUGACCCAAGCAUUGGUAAUCCAGUGGUUGGUCAAUCCAGGGGCUGUUCAAUCCAGUGGUUGGUCAAUCCAGGGGCUGGUCAAUCCAGUGGUUGGUCAAUCCAGUGGUUGGUCAAUCCAGUGGUUGGUCAAUCCAGGGGCUGGUCAAUCCAGUGGUUGGUCAAUCCAGGGGCUGGUCAAUCCAGUGGUUGGUCAAUCCAGGGGCUGGUCAAUCCAGUGGUGGGUCAAUCCAGGGGCUGGUCAAUCCAGUGGUGGGUCAAUCCAGGGGCUGGUCAAUCCAGUGGUUGGUCAAUCCAGGGGCUGUUCAAUCCUGCAGUUAGUCAUUGCAGUGGUCAAUCUUGUAUUUGGUCAAUGCUGUGGUUAGUAAAUUCUGUGGAUGGUCAAUCCGUUUUCAACCAUGUAACAAAUGACAAAUAUUAUGCUUAGUUGAACACUACAUAAAUAAAUGAAAGUAGACACUUUAUUUUGAUGUAAGACUUAAACUUGAGGUUUUAAUCUGGUUUUAGUCAAUGAAACAAUCCUGGCUUAUCUCACUGCUGUUAUUGAAUCUGUGAAUCCAAGACGCCAAACAUUGAUGCAAUGUUAUACUUGCAGAUUAAGAUAAGUAUGAAUGAAUUGAGUAUUAUUUUUAGUAAGAACAUUCAUUUAGUAUCGGCUGUUUACUUACAUUAUCGAGACGCCUACUAAAUGCUUGCACAACGUCAUGGAUCUUUCAAAACUUCAUCGGAUCAUAGUCAUCAAUAGAUCAUUGGUUUCACAGAACAUUGGUUUCACAGAACAUUUUACAUUUAGUAGGACUUGUAAGGAGUUAUGGCCUUCUUUUACAUGGAUAAAGUACAUUAACAAA